CGACUCGCUCGCAUUUUUCCUAAAAAUUUCCUUUUUUUUCUGUGGGUUUUUCUGUCCUCUCACCUGUUCCUAACUUUCAGAUCAUAUCCCUACCGUUUUCUGCUCUCUGCUCACUCUUAUUUUACGAAACUUUUUCUUUUUUCUUUCCUUUUUGACAAUUCUUCAAGGGGGAUCGCUGGUUGGGGCUCUUGGUUCCAGAUCGAGAAUUAAAGCCAAAGGUAAAUUAUCAUAAAAGGGAAGCUCCGGAGUCAUCCACGCACAGCCAUCUUUCUUUUUUUUUUUUUUAUUCCCUGGGCUCUUCCCUUUCCCUAUCAUUGUUUUUUUUUAUUUUAUUUAUUAUUCCAUACUCGCACGGCCCACCACAUCACGUUUUUCCCUUUGCGUCGCAACGACCUUCCUUCGGCUACAAUAUUUAGGGUGCAAGGUAGGGAGAACAAGAAGUGAUCAGACGCGACGAGUGAGAGGGCGAGAUACGGAGUGAGAAGGUGUGAGCGGGACAGCAUCAACUUCGCCAUCCAAAUCAAGACUCGGGAUUGGGUUUUGAGAAGCUUAAAACCUUCGAAUUGAAACUCUAUCAAAAGCGGCAUCAACCAUCAGAAAACAGACGCAGCAUCAGGAAAAUCUGGCGGAAAGGGCACACAGGAGGUCUAGAAUCUUGAGCUCCGUCCGGAUUUUACAACCCCCCCCCCUACACCCCACCCCCGGCUUUCCUUCCCUCAUUAUUUUCCUCCCCCUUCUUUCAACCCUUUAAUUUUCUAAAGGAACCCAUUUAAACUCCAAAACCUUGGGAAUCUUAAUAAUCUACUGCUGCGCUCUGUCAUCAUCAAAGCAUACGACACAUAAUUCAAAACAGCAGUCCGCUCCAGUCGGAAAGGACAGGCGCUACAAACCAAUGCCGAUGGGCGACCAGCAACACAAUCUUUAUCACGAUGAACAACCGCUGGGUGACGGCCAGCAACCACAACAGACAACACCAGUCCCUCACCUCCAGGAACCGCCCACCGGCGCUUCUGCAUCCACGUCACCACAACUCUCCAACGCGUCAGCUUCCCACAAACGGAAGCGAGACUCGAUCGACGAUUCCGAGAGUAGAGAUGAAGGGAGGUCUGUACGGGAGGGAAGUAAUAGUGGUCGCCGAUCCUCUUUUAAACAAGCUUCCCCAAACCUUUCCAACUCUGGAUCCUUUAUGCCUGUGAAUACAAACUCCAAACAAAAUUCUUCACCUAGUCCUGCCUACACCUUUCAUCCAUCUGCCGUCCCUAUGAAUGGCUCCACUAGUGCCGAGGCCGCAAAUGCUGCUCUAGCCGCUGCAAGUGCAAUGAGUGGCAUGUUGCCCCAUAUGCCUUCCUCAACGCCAUUAGGGUUUUCCCAAGGAGAUGGGAGCGGUAGCGGGAAGGGUCAGGAACAUCCUCUAGAUGGCGGCUUUGGUGCGUUAUCACCUCCCCCAGUGGAAGCGCACACUGAGGGAGUUGGCGGGAGCGGAGGUCACGUCCCACCCCCUGGUAAUCACGGACAUUCGCAUCACAGCCAUGGGUCACCACAGGGUCCAUCCAGCAAUCCAAAACCACAAGUCGGGACCGAGGAGUGGCACAGAGUCAGGAGGGACAAUCAUAAAGAGGUGGAGCGUCGCCGCAGGGAGACAAUCAACGAAGGAAUCAAUGAAUUAGCGAAGAUUGUUCCGGGGUGCGAGAAAAACAAGGGGUCUAUUCUCCAGCGCGCCGUUCAAUACAUCCAGCAACUUAAAGAGAGUGAAGCGUCCAAUAUUGAGAAAUGGACUCUUGAGAAGAUCUUAACGGAGCAAGCCAUUGCAGAGCUGAGCGCUAACAACGAAAAGCUACAGAAGGAGUGUGAGCGCGCUUGGAGGGAGGCGGAAACCUGGAAGAAGAGCUGUUUGCAGGCCGGUGUGACUAGAGAGGGUGGUGGUCAGCCUGGAGGCUCAUCGUGACAUUAGGCCAUAUCUUUCGCGGCUUGAUUGUUAAGAGUUGGAAUCGAUGUGCGAGUGUGUGGAACUCAGGAACUAUGAGGACAUGCAAAGGAAUGGAUUGCGAAGGCGAAAUAAUGAUGAUACAACGGUUACGAUGGCUAUGAAGACACCCUGAGGAUACGAAGAAACAUUCAUCACCGUCAUGAAUACUCUACGAAAGCCUAAGACGGAUUUUCUUUGGUGUUUGGUUCUUGUUACCCCCCCCAAAAAAGCAAAUAUUUUCCAAUCUGGACUUGCGGGAAUUUGUCCUUUUGUUUCUGUUUAAAAUUCUCUUUGGAGUAUCGGCGGGUAGGGAGGCGAUUUGAUACCGACAGAUUGUUUUCUUUCUUUCCGCUUUGUGCCAUCUCCCUUUUUCUAGGAGCUUUUUCCAGGGCCCUUAUUCAUCCAUGCGUUGUUUUUCCUUUCCUUUCCUUUUUUUUUUUUGAGUUUGUCACCUUGCCAUUUUUUCUUUUUUCUUGUCCAUUCAUUGUCUGGUUUUCACGUGACGUGCGAGGAAAUUUGUAGCUCACGGAAGAAGCUGGCUUUUGUCCUAUUCUCACGACUUGUGUUUUUGUUUGCCCUUCCGCUUCAUGCCCCUUUUUUCUCACUUGCCUGGUGUUUGUUUUCUUCUCUUGUUAAAAAGUGCCAUGUCUGCGGUGUUUACAAUUUUAUCUUGCUACUCCGGACGGCCCCAUAAUGUCUUGAUAUAAAAAGUCCGGGUUUGGUUUUUUUCUCCCCUCGCUUCCUUUCCAUCUCCAUUCUCGCGUCCUGGUGGUAUAACGGGAGGAUUUUUGGGUGGUCUUUUGUUUUAUUUCCUAACUCUAGCUCUGAAUUAACUGACAUUUACCAUAUAAA